GCAUUCUUUACGUUCUUGGCCUUCUUGGCUUUCAUGCUUGGCGCGCUCGCCGUACCAACAAACAACGCCUCCACAACCAGUGUUGAUGCCAAGAAGACUGCUGCCGCUCCUACCCAUGCUGCUACUCCUGCUUCAAUUGCUUCGGUUCAGACUCCGGUGACUGCCACUUUUUGCCCCGAACCAGCUGUUUGCCAAUACUCCUGAUGACGUCAAUGCAUGCAAGAUUGCUGGAACUCCAACUCAGGCCGCCGCCGAUAACAGACACGCCGGGAAGACUCUGUGCUGUGAUUGUUGCUGCCAGCCGUGCUGCCAGCCGUGCUGCCAGCCGUGUUGCCAGCCGUGUUGCCAGCCGUGCUGCAUUAUCUGCUGCGGUAAGAAGGGCUGCAAGGACUGCUGUUGCCACCAGUGCAUCUGCUGCCAGCCGUGCUGCCACGAAUGCUGCUGUCAUGCUCCUUGCUGCCAGCCUUGCUGCCAGCCUUGCUGCUGCCACCAUGACUGCUGCAACCCGUGCUGCCAUCAUGAGUGCUGCCACCACGAGUGCUGUCACAACGACGGCUGCUGCUGCCACCAUGAGUGCUGCCACCAUGACUGCUGCUGCAAUCCGUGCUGUCACCAGGAAUCAUAUCUGCCACACUGUCAUCCAUACAUUCUGCCCGCCGCCUCCCUGCUGCCAUCAGCCUUGCUGCUGCACUCCUCCGUGCUGCCCCCUCCGUGCUGCCCCCCUCCCUGCUGCCCCCCUCCUUGCUGCCACCAGCCAUGCUGCCAGCAACCUUGCUGCCCUCCUCCAUGCGGCAACCACUACUAAACACCAUAGUGAUGUUGUGACUCGCUCUUAAAAUGCACGUUUACGUCACUACAAUAAUAAUCAUUGCUAAUUGGUUAACAUCUUCAUACUUUUGCAGUGGAUCGUUCGAUA